UUGCUCCGUAACUUGUCCAGUUGUGUAAUGCUGACCUGUUGAAAAGACAUUUUCAGUCAGAGUGAGAGAUUUCUGGGAGACAUAUCAGCACUAAAAUGACCACCACAGAACAGCCCAUUCUCCUAGCAGCCGUGUCACUGUUGUCAGCUCUUCAUUUGGGGUUUCAGGCAAGGCGUGUCGGCUGGUCCAGGAUGAAGUAUAAAAUCAAGCCCCCUGCAGUGAAUGGACCACCAGAAUUUGAGAGGACCUUUCGGGCACACCAGAAUGGAGUGGAGUUUUAUCCAGUGUUCCUAGUGGUGUUGUGGACAUCUGGGCUCUUCUGUAAUGAAGCUCUAGCUGCUCUAGGGGGGCUUGUAUAUGUUGUAGCCAGAGAGAUGUAUUUCACCGGCUACGCAAAGUCUGCCGAUGGACGGUUGCCAGGGUUUUACUUGAUACUAUGUGUCCUCCUCACUCUGGCUGUGACGGCUGCAAUUGGCAUCAUUCCCUCAUUCCUGGAUAAAUACCUCAGCAUCAAAAUUCUCUCCAGAGCUUUAUGACUUUUUUUAGUCAUUAUGAACUGACUUAAUCUUUACUACAAUAGACCUGUCACAAACAUGGGACUAUAACUAAUGAUUAACUGCCAUAUAAAUAACUGUGAUUAAGGAUAAAUAUUUGUUGGGCUUAUUGUAUGAUUACUAUUAUAAGCAGAAGCUUAAAGUGCCCUAAUUGUUUGAUUAGCUAUCUUGCUACCUUGUUGUUGAUACUUAGUAGCUCCCAACCAAUGAUAAAAAUGCUGAAAUAAACAAACGUUACUCACCGA